UAAAAUAAAAACGCGAUCGACACGAAACUCGCGGAGAGGAAAUCAAAUAGUUUUUCCAUAGCUCGCACUAUGAAGUUUCCGAAGUGAUGUCGAGAACGAAGGCCGCGGACUGAAAUUACUAGUUGCGGAGGAGCACGCGAAAACAACUGGCAGACGACGAAGGAACGAGGGGGGGCGCACGCAAGUCCAAGAUGGCGUCCACUCAAGAGGAAGAGCAGAGCUUGCGCGAAUGCGAGCUUUACGUGCAGAAGCACAACAUCCAGAAGCUCCUGAAAGACUGCAUCGUUCAACUAUGCGUGAGCAGGCCGGAGAACCCGAUAUCUUUCCUGCGGGACUACUUCGCACGCCUGGAAAAGGAGGCGGCCACAAGAGCCAAGCAGCAGCAGCUCUCGCCCAUGGCGACGACACCUCCGUGCGAGGAGAAGGAGGAUGAGCUGUCACCACUGCCCGUGCCGCCCCAGCGGAGCAGGCGCGGGGCGGUCAGUGCCGAGACCUACUCUGAGGAGGACGCCACAUCUUACGUCAAAAAGAUGGUGCCCAAGGACUAUAAGACUAUGGCGGCACUUUCGAAGGCCAUUGAGAAGAAUGUCCUGUUCUCACACUUGGACGACAAUGAGCGGAGCGACAUCUUCGACGCCAUGUUCCCCGUGGUUCAUAAAGCGGGCGAGGUGAUCAUCCAGCAGGGAGACGAGGGAGACAACUUUUACGUCAUCGACCAAGGGGAAGUGGAUGUAUACGUCAAUGGACAGCAUGUCACCACAAUUGCGGAAAAUGGCAGCUUUGGAGAGCUGGCCCUCAUUUACGGAACACCUCGGGCAGCCACAGUCAAGGCCAAGACAGACGUGAAGCUCUGGGCCAUUGACCGAGACACGUACAGAAGAAUUUUGAUGGGAAGCACCAUUCGCAAACGCAAGAUGUACGAAGCAUUUCUUAGCAAAGUCUCCAUUCUGGAGAGCCUCGACAAGUGGGAGCGACUCACAGUGGCUGACGCGCUCGAGCCUGUCACAUUCAACGAUGGCGACAUCAUUGUGGAACAAGGCAUGCCCGGCGACGACUUCUUCAUUAUUGAAGAGGGUUCAGCAUCAGUGUUGCAGAGACGAUCUGAGAACGAGCCACAGGAAGAGGUUGGCAGGCUUGGCCCCUCUGAUUACUUUGGUGAGAUCGCGCUGCUGCUGGACCGGCCGCGGGCGGCCACAGUGGUGUCGCGUGGGCCUCUCAAGUGUGUCAAGCUCGACCGGUCUCGCUUUGAGCGCGUGCUGGGACCCUGCGCCGAGAUCCUCAAGCGCAACAUGACCCACUACAACAGCCUCAUAUCCCUCUCGGUGUAGGGGGGCAAUGAUCGAUAUCUGGCGGCUGUUUCACAAGGAAAAAAAAAAGAAAAAGGUAGCAAGUGGCAUCGCAGAAGAACAGAAGUUGCCAACCUGUUUUCUCACUUUUGCAAAUGGCUUAAAAGCACCAGAAACCAUGCUGCGCCCCCAAACUCCUUCUCGUCGUCUGCAAACUUUAGUGCCGCCUGAUCCUUCGUUCUUUAUCUGCCCUGCCUCCGAACCAGAACUUUCCCCACUUGUGUCUUCGUGCGACUAGCUGAUGUCGUAAGGGCUUGAGAGACACUGGGAACGACUUGCUUCUCAAAUUGUUUUAUUUCUUUUCCUGCAUGCUUCUACGCAUUCUAUUGGCUACACGGUAAGCCAGGACGUGGUAUGAGCCACAAGUCAUCUUCAGCGCAGUGUGUGCCAAGAGCAGCAACUUUUAGUUCAUAUCCUGCUGUCAGUAUUUUGCCUUGAACUUAGAACAUGGGCUUCAUUGUUUUGCUAGGAUUACAACAAAAAUUAUGAAAAAGGGCUCGUAUCGGCUUGGAUAUUAGCUUCUCUGCAACGUGUGUAAAUGCACAAGUCGCUGCUGUGUGUGUAUAAAAUUGUCAGACUCCGAUAGCUACACUAUGUCAACAGACUGUGCUGUACGACAAAAUUAUUGUUACUGCAUGGCUAAAUAUUUCGCGGGCGUGAACUUCCUCCCACUCUCCCUUGCAUUGUCCUUCUCCAUUGUUCUCUCCCAAACCUUGUAUGGCCACAUGAAAGAGGAGCUCAGAAAAGAAGGUUCAGAAAGAGAAAUUAGUGGAAAAGAGAGCAGUCGAGUACCGUCUCGCCAGUUGCAGCGUUUCUUUUAAUUCGCACACUCACCUGCGACUUGCGCUAUUUCCUCAAGUGAUUUUGUUGCUGUUGUUUUACUUGUACAUAGAACUAGCUGUUGUAUAUGUUUUUGAGGCACAAAGAGAUGCAUGCGGCUUCCACGGCCUUUGGGAAGUUUGUCAUCUACGGAAAGAAUGGAAUCUUUUUUUUGUUUUGCUCCUCUAAAAGAGCAGGUUGACUACCCCACUUUUUAUUAGCUUUGCAUGUGCUUGUUUUGUGCCCCCCUUUAUUUCACUCGUGUGCAUGUGUGUGUGUGCGUGCAAGUGUUGGAGAAGACAACCAGUUCUCCAGAGCUUCUUUUACCUGCAUUGCAAGCUGCAGCCAGCCUUCUUUCUGUGCAUUUUUCUGUCAUUCUCGGCAGUGGCCAGUUGUGUUAUAGAUUUCCACUUAGUGACUCUAGUCAUGGUUGUCCCUUCUCGUGUAGUGUCGUGUCGGCGUGCGUCGUCACUUGCACACAGAGCAAGAAAUACGUAGGAGGAGAACCAUCCAUUUGGCACCGGUGUGAAUGGGCAAAUGAACUCCUAAAGAUUUUACUCCUUUUGUGGUGCAAGUUUGUUUAUCAAGGGUGUACUCAAUGGGUUAACACCUGAAAGGGUUAAAAUUCACACACAUAACUGGUGAAGCAGCAUUUUAAAGGAGAAAAACACAAGAAAAGGUGUCGAAGGAGAAGCAUCGAUGAAAGCGAUCUGGUGAAACAAGUGUGGGUUCGCAAUGACUUGCCCGAUUGCCAUGAUGAUGGAGUCAGUUGUCCGAUUUUCAGUCACUAGCUCACCUCAGUGCUGACCCAGCCCAUUUGUGACAUUAUAUGGCCAUGCUUCUGAAUGGAUCUCUCCUCCUAAAUUAUUCUUGCCUGGCGGUUGCUAUUAAAGGGAGUAGCUUUUUCAUGCCCCGUUAUGAAGGACCCAUCGUGGAAGUCCUUUGUGGCAGUGAUCUGUGGGAGUUGUCUCAGUAUCAGACUCGACCGGCACCUUCGGUCUGGCUCUGCUAGGCAGCUCAUAUUUGCCCCCGCCGGUGACACCGCAACUUUGUGCCUAGUUGCUUUUGCUGAAGGCUCAAUCGACCAGCCAUAGUCUGUUUCAGCGCACCAAAAUGUUUUUGUGUGCAGAUAGCUGUGUCUAGUUUAGUCGCACACCGUACGAAGGAACUGAUUUAGUUAGCUGUCUCGACUUUCAUUUUCCUUUUGUACCUCUGAUAAUGGUCACCUCGAUGCAGUAAACGCUUCGAAAGCAAUCUUAUCCUCCAGAUGCAGUGUUUUGUUGUUUUUUUAGUGCACAUGGCAUUGUAUCAAGGAUGUUAGCUUUCGUAGCACAUGCAAUUUGUACUCCCAGAAAAAUGCACACCACCUCCGUGCCAUGGAGGUAGCCAAUGUCCUUUCGGGCAGUGCUGCAUGUGUGCCCCGUGUUCUUAGCCGGGCGCAUGACGUCCUGGGUAUUUCAGGGUAGCAGGGCCAUACAGUGCGUCGCUGUGCAUUGUCGCAAAGGCAUACCCUUUGUCGCCCUCAAAUUAAAUGCUAGUAGUAGUGCUGGGGGGGCUGCUGCCACUGUCAGCGUUGUCAAGAAUAGCCCGCAGUUUCCAUCAUCUCCAUUGAGGUGAGGUGUCUUUGGUACUUAAAAGAUACGGCCGUGGCAUAGCAUUUUGUCACAGAGUAACUGUGAUGCAGUUAGGGCUGUCAACGAGGGGCACGCUUGGCAUGACAUGCCAAUAGAAAAAUGUGUUCUUCGCAUUUGCGUUCUGGACAGAAUGAAGAAUCUGACAAUUUCAGCAUUUGAGGGCGACACCAGUAAAGUCUUCAACAUCUGGCAAGUGGCUCCCUUCUUUUUUUUUCUGAAUGACGCACACCGCGGUCUCUCUCUCUCUCGCCAAUGCGUUUCCAGUAACACCGCAUUUCUAACAAGCCAACGGCGGGUCCUUUUGAGACAAGAUUUGUACUGUCCACGUGCAAGCGUCCGUGAUGGGAAAGGAUAUCGGAGUUGCUUGGACGCGUCUUGCAGCUGGUGACAUGCGUGGCUGGCUCUGAAUUUUGUGGAACCGUAUUGCACCUGCGGCCCGGUAGCAUGUAAAGGGCCUCAUCAGAAAUUGUUACAGCUGCUGUCGUAUUUGCAGCCGCAGCUAAUGUCGUCACCUCGGAGCAGUGACAGCAUCGGCCUCUUGCCUCUCCACUUGUCAACAAUUAAGGUGCUCCUUCAAGAGCUGUGAACAAUCUUUUGAAGGAGCAUCUUACUUGUCGACAUCUUCCUCUUUUCCAUGUGGCUCGAAAUUAAGAAUUUUUUUUUUUUUUUGUUAGGACGGCUGGCAGACUUGUCACGGCGGAGUACCAAGAGCCAUGCAUUCCACUGGCUGCAACACGAGUACAUGCUUUCGAUUGGGGUUUCUUGCAGAUGCCCCAAGACCUAUCCUGUCAGGAACGGCAUUGUGUUUUUAUGGUUGAAAUGUGCGCUUACUCCCGUUUCACUUGUCUUUUUUUAAAAUAUGUAUGUAUACAUUCUUGCGUGCCGUUUCGUGUUUGAAAACGUAGGCUUGGCUUUUUGCUUUAUCCUGUUGCAAUCCUUCCUCUUCCUCCCGCAACCCGACCUGUUUGUUGCAAAGCCCCUGAACAGCGUUUUUUUUUUGGACAAAUGUUCGGAGACAUGCAGAACAUUUUGUUGUUAGAGUAAAGAAACAAAAGUGGUAUCAAUAAAAAAAAUUGUUU